AUGGAGAGCGAGAAGGAUCCGUCGUUUGCCUAUCCGGUCUUGGAUGGCGACGGGUUUGUCGUCAAUGGUGAACAUGUCCCACUUCCUCGACACUCGGAGAGCAAGCCAUUAGGUGGGCACAGUUCAAUAUCAAAGUCUAUCUCUAUAUCGAAGCUCAUGAAGUUCUCAGUCAUUGCAAUGCUAGCCAGCGCCUUUAUCUUUGUCCUCUUCCUCGGCAUCUAUCUUUCACCCCUGUUCUGCACGCACCGUGAAACACUCGACACCGACACUGAAUCCCUUUCUUCUCCCCAAGAAAAGAAGGGGACGCGAUCGCUUCGAAUAUUCAGAACUGGAACCCGAGCCACCGCCAGGAGAACAUACAACCCUCUCGUCUACGACGUGGACAGCUCAGGAGAAGUGGUUGAAUCAGUUCACCGUGUACCGAGCGGCGGGUCUUAUUACCUUUCGAGGAAGCGAAGCCUUUUCAAGCCCUUGUCUUCCCUCUCGAGCCAGCCAUCCGAGGCGCAAAUGCCAAUCGUAUUCUCCACAAACCGCUUCCCAUCUCCUCCACCUCCCGCGUAUACACCUGAGGACGGUUUUCGACUUCUUCUCACUCGCACUCCGACCGCAGACACGAUGGAAAUACCGUGUCGAUCCGAAAGCACGAGACGCCCCCUUCCGAUUCCUCCUAAAUUCAUAACCCUUUCAAGGAAGCCCACCGCCCGGUUGAAGAUCUCCAAACCCAUUCCCCACCCUGAAGGGCCGCUUCCGGGUCCUCGCUUAUCCAUCGAGAGCCUUCCCCCUGGACCGAGAACCACUUUCGUUCGACCCUGCGUCGCGCCACACUAUGUAACGGGUAGCAUCCUCCACCCUCCUGCCAUUUUUCUGCCGUCUCCGUCUCAAGCUGUUAUCUAUCACCACGAUCUUUUCUCUUCUCGAAACGGGUCAAAGAUCUGCCCAAAACACCGUGCUGAACUGUCGACGUCUUCCGCUGUUGGACUUGCCUUGUAG